AACAACAUCUGAUUGGUAAAUUUUCACUGUUCCUGGGAAGAGUGCAAAUAAAGAAAUUGCUGAAUAAAUGGAAAAUUACAACAAUAUAAAAAGAAAGAUAUGAUAGUAAAUUAAGUAAACAUUGUUCAAAUUACAAUAUAUAUUGCAUAUACACUUAAUAAAUUCGCGAUACACACUUCAAAAACAAUAUGGACGAGCACUCAACAGCAGAUUUAGGUCGUGGCCAAGAAGAUUAUAGCAGCAGCAUGAUGGAACAAGAUACGAGUAAUAUAGAAAGUAAAGAAGGUAUUAAACACUAUACCAGGGGUCGCGGUCAAGAGGAUUAUAGUAGCAGCAUGAUGGAACAAGAUACAAGUAAUAUGGAAAGUAAAGAAGGUAUUAAACACUAUUCCAGAUGUAGCAGUGCGGGUAGUAUACACACACCCAAUUCCUCGCCCCACAAUACAGAUGAUGACGAUGAUAGUGGUGAUAAUUGCAGUGGUCGUGUUGGUUCUUCGGCCACUUCAACUUUAAGCUAUAAAGAACGACGUCGUGAGGCUCAUACCCAGGCUGAACAGAAACGACGUGAUGCCAUUAAGAAGGGUUAUGAUAGUUUGCAAGAACUGGUGCCUACAUGUCAGCAAAAUGACUCGGCUUCAGGUUACAAAUUGAGUAAAGCGCUGAUUUUGCAAAAAUCUAUCGAUUAUAUUGGUUAUUUGAAUCAACAAAAGAAAAAACAAGAAGAAGAUUGCGCCGCUUUACAAAAAGAAGUAAUUGCUUUACGUAUUAUACAGAAUAGUUACGAGCAUAUGCUGCAACACCAACAGGCCAAUCCGGGACCUGAAGAGGCUCGUUUAACCGAUGAGGCUAAGUUUCAAGUGUUUCAAGCUGUGAUGGAUGAAAUGUUCGAAACCUUUCAACAUAUCCCUAUGGAUAAUUUCAAACUAUUGACAACUGGGGUUAUACCUUGGCUGGAGGAACACUGUAAGCCUCAUAUUUUAAGAAAUAUUUUAAGUCGUACUUUGCAACAGAUGCAAGUUAAUCAAACACAAGAAAUGCAACAGCAGCAACAAUAAAGUUAAAGUAUGGAUCAACAGUACAAACAGCCCAAAUUUGGGAAUACAUUAAUAUAAUAAAUUUCAAUUACCAUUAACUUGUAAUUGAAAAUAACAAAUUAAAUGUAAUUGUCAUUUCCCAAACCUCAGACAGUGGUGAUUUUAGUUGAUCUUUAACAAUUAACCAAAAACUGUAUAUACCUACAUAUAAAAACGAUUUUAUUAAGAAAUUGUCAUAGCAUAUAUCUUUAUUUUAUUUCUAUAUACUUUUCUGUUAACCUUUUGCAAAAACGUUUAAUAUUUAAGCAUAAUCACUAACUAAAUUACAAUAAAUAUAUUUGGUCUAAACAGGUAUUUUAUUAAAAAA